AUGUCACUUUGCUGUAAAUCUGGAGCGGUUAGUUUUAUUUAUUUUUUUUUUGAAAAAAAAUUCAAAAUUUAUUUUUCUUUCUUGUGAAAUUAAAUCUUAUGACAAUAAAUUCACAUAAAAUCUGCUCUAAUUAAAAAAAGUAUUUUAAAAAAUCAACCAAAAAUGUUGUUUUUUUCGUAGUAAAUAAUAUUUUUGGUGGCGGAAUGUUGUUUGCGCACUUGGAGAAGAAGCUGCGCGCGCGGGAGCCAAAAACACAGCACAGCAAAUAAUAUUUAGAUUUUGCGUAUAUUUAUUUUUGGCGCGAGCGAGCACUUUUUCUACGAGGACACAACUCUUCUUUUUCUUCUAAUUGACUAGAGACAAAGAUGAAACAAAACAUUUUCUUACAAGGGGAAUUUUUAAUGAGACGAGCAUUUUAUAUUCGACAUUUUUGAAGAUUUCAAAAAAUAGUGCCAUGGCCGAGUGGUUAACACGUGUGCCUCCAUUUUGCACAACCAGGGUUCGACCCCCAGCCGGCGCAAAACCUUUUUUAAAAUUUAUUUUUGCAUUUUCCUAGGAGGAAAAGGAACUCUAAUAAGCGAAACAUAGAGAAUCUCAUAAAAUCCAUUUUAUUUGAAUAGUCAUAUUUUAUUGGUUGAUUGAUUCAAUAUGGAAAAUCCGAAAAAGAAAAAAAAAACGCCACUCCCAAAACUGUAAUAAAACAUGUCGUCUCCUCAUUUUAUGCAAUAUUUUUCGGAAAAAACGAAACGAUUUGUUUUUUUUUUCGUAAUUUAUGAAAACGAAUAUGGAGUUUUGGGAAGAUUUAUGAGGGAAGAAUGAAAAUAAUCCUGGGGGAUCAAAAAUUCAAAAAAAAAUCUAAAACGUCAAAAUUCCACGUGGCAAACUGCAUUUUAUGUUUUAUUUACAGAAAUCCAAAUUCGCCGACGAUUCCGGAUAUGAAGUUUAUACAAUAAGUGAAGAUGCAUUGAGAAUGGUUAGUUUAUCUCCUUUCUUGGUUUCUUGGUUCCAAAAAAUAAAUCAUUUUCACACUAAAACAAUUGAUUAAAAGGUUGUGUAGUCGUAGUGAUAACCUUGAAUUUUUCUACAUUUUUCGACAUUUUUUUUUCAAUUUAAUUUUUUUUCGUAAUUUGAUGUGGCAUUUGUGGUUUUUUUUUAGUUAUUGAAGCACAAAUGAAUUUUUCAUGUUCACAUAAUUUUGGCACGAAAAAAAUAAAAACAAAAAUCCAAAAAAAAACUUUUCCGAGAAGACAAAUGUGUCAAAAAAUCCGACUCCAUUUUCCGGAAAAAGCAAAAAGUUUUUUAGCACUUUUUUGAAAUAUGUAAAUCAAUGUUGUUUUGUUGUGAAAAAACAACAAAAUAUUGAGGAAGUAAAUUGGACCCAAUGGGAUAUCUUUUUGGCAGCUUUUCCAUAUUUUAUUUUUUAUUUCUAUUUUUUUGCAGAAACAGAAAAUGCGCGACAAGAAAGAAGGUGUUCAAUUGGAAUAUGUCACGUCGAGAUUGAUUGGUUGGUUUUUUUUUUUUGAAAUUUUUGAAAAUUCUGCUGAAAAAACAAUUUUUGACGUGGAAACAUAUACGUGAACUUUUGAAAUUUGAAAUUUUCGUCAUUUUGGUUUCUAUUUUCAUUCGCAAAUUGUUGAGUUAACUCACCAUUCUACUUUUGUUCGGAGCGAAAACUCGAAAAUUUUUUUACACAUUUCAAAAAAAAUAAUCGCGGCACGAGAUUGCUGCGAGACACACACACAUUUGCCCAUGUUCCUUUGAAUCUACAGUAAUUAAUUGUGUGGUUUUUUUUUCGACCGAAAAUAAUUUUUAUUUUCAGUUCUGUCGUGCACUGCUGAAACCAGCGAAAAGAUAUAUUUGGAAAGUUUGAGCAAAGCAGCUGGGCAAAUCAAGCAAAAUCAUGGAACACAUUUUAGAGUGAGUUUUUUUUCUGGAUUCAAAAAUAAAAAAUAUAUUAUUCAGGUAUGGAAUGUUUCCCAGCGUCGUCACGAUCUUUCCGACACUUUCGAAAAAGUUGUGCAAUUUGGUUGGCCUUCGGAAACAGCUCCAUCACUCGAAAAACUUUGCAAGAUUUGUAAAAAUAUCGAUCAAUGGCUUUUGGAACAUCCGCUGAAUAUUGCUGUCGUUUUUUGCAAGUCUGGAAUAGAACGCGCUGCAAUUGUUGUCAAUUCUUUGAUGAGAUAUAACGCCAUUUCUGCAACGUGGGUUUCUUCCAAGAAAAAUCAAUAAAACAUUUGUGAACAAUUUUAGAGAUGACUCAAUUGAAGAUCGCUUUAACAUGCAAAGAUUUUCUGAGAGAUUUUUGGGACCCGAUGGUCCUCCGAGUUAUAAAAGGUGAAUAUUAUAUUUAAAUAACAAAGCUAAUAAAAAAAUUUUGCAGAUAUAUUGGCUAUUUCACUUCCUUACUCUCUGGAAGAAUUUCGGUGAAUCCAAAUCCAAUUUUUCUACAUUUUAUUGUUUUGAAAAAUUUCGAGCCGAUUACUGUGUUUUUGAAAAUUUAUGAGAGAUUAUUACCGUCUUAUCAAACGAAGAGUGUGUAAGUUUUAUUUUUGACUGAGGAGUUUCAGUCUAGAUUUUUUAUAAACAUUUUUGUGCUGAUCACGAUCCAAAAAUUGCUGAACUCAAUAUGAGUUAUGACGUGGCAAAUUUUGAAAAAUCGGGAAUUUAGGAGCAAAAUCUGAUAGCAAAUAAUUGUCAGGAUGCUCCAUUAUAUGAGUGGACUUCUGAAAAUCUUUCGGAUUUUAGAAUGAACUUUCUGAACUUUUCUGAAUUAUUUUAUGAACUUUGUUAAGGAGUUUUGUUCAGGAGUUCAGAAAAUUCAUUCAAAAUCCCAAAGAUUUUCAGAAGUUCACUUCGAGCCUCCUGACAAUUCUAUGAUAUCAGAUUUGCAUGACAAUCAAUUUGGAAGCUAUUUUUCAGCUCCUAAAAUUCCAAUUUUUCGAAAUUUGCCACGUCAUAACUCAAAUUAGGAAUUGAGUUCUGCAUUUUUUCAUGAUCAACAUUUUUUUGAACUUUUCAAAAAAUAAAUCAAAAAUUUUUAAAGAACUCUCAAAGACACGACUAAAUUCGAGUUGGAAAAUUCAUUGAAACUUCGCGGUGAUGUAUUUUUGAAGUGUAUUGUUGCUGCUUCGAGGUGAGUGUGAAUAAUUUAUGAUUGCGCAAAAAUAACCGAAGCGUUCUCUUUCUCACUCUUCCAAACCUGAGUGGAUAAUUGUUGUUUUCUCACAUAUCUAUUUUUGCAAACAAAAACAGAUCCUUUUUCACUCACUUAAUAGAGUUAGCCUUUAAAAUAAGUAUACUUCAGAAGCCAAUUUUUGUGUUGGCUUUUGGCCAGUUGUCUCUUUUCCGCUUUUUCUUUUUUUCCAUCCUUUUUUUUCUUAUUCUAGAAAUAUUCAUGUUAUGUAAACAUAUGAGAAAUAUUAGCCAUUUUUCUUUGAAACAGCAAAAAAAAUUGUUUUUUUUUGUGAAAAAUUUUUUUAAGUGCGAGAUUUUUGUUUUGUUUUCCCCGUUUUGUGGUGUAGAAAGCGGAAAAUUCGAUUUUCAGAAAAUUUUGUUUUUUUUUGUUUUGCUUUCUCAAAGUCACAAAAGAAACAAAAUGUAUCCAAUUUCUGAAGCUCUCAAAUAUCAUUUUUAUUUUUUAAUUAAAAAAUUUCAACCGCGCGCGCUGUCGCUGUCAACGCGGAGUCUCGUUGUUUUCUUUUAAAAAACAUAUUUUUUGCAGUCCGGGAAGUUCGAAUCGUUGCCUGUUCACGUGUCAAAUAAAUACGUGUUCAAUUGAAUUGCCAGCCGAAAAAUCGGGAGAUUUCAAUGUGGUUCGAUUUCAUAAAGAAGAGUUGGAUUUGAUUUUUAAUGGUGAGGUUUUUCAGAGAAAUUAGUGAGGCUGAAAAUAAAAAAACAAAAAAUGAACAUUUUUCGCUAGAAAAGAAAAGGUUGGCUAGAUUUUUUCUAGAACCAACCAGAGAAAAAUAUUUUUGAUCUACCCGGAAAAAUUCAGAAAUUUUUUUUAGUGUUAUUAGAUUUUCAUUUCAAAAAAAAAUUUAACCCGAAAAAUUUACGUUUCACAAUUUUUUAUUUUUUGGUUGUUUUUUUGAGAAAUUCUUUUAGUUUCGUAACAAAAAUUUUUAAAAGUUCCAUUUUGCAGACAAAAAAGUGGACAACCGGGCUCAAAUCGAAUUAUAUUUGAGCAACUCGAAAGGUCCGCAAACAAUUGCCGGCCAAGCUGCUCAAUCAGUCAUCACACUUUUGCCGCGAAAUAAUAGUUAUGAGAUUUUUGAGAUACCCGAAGGUAUGUUCUUAACUUUGUACAGCACAAAAUAGAGGGCCACCUGUUGUGUGAGGAGGAAAUGUGAGAUAUAUUAUUUUCAGUCUGAAAUUUUAUGAUCGGCAAUUUGCCAGCUAACGGAAUGAGAGGAAAUAAAAAUGAAAAAAAAAGAUAGGUUUUCCUUCCAGUUUUAGUUUAAAGUAAAACUUUCGGAAUUUUUUUUUUGGAAUUUUCUUUUGGAAUUUAUUUCUCGGGUUCAUUUUAGAGCUUGUUGUCAAGUAGCUGGUCCUAGAGAACCUAUGUGGGUAGGACCCGCGCCUAGAAAACAACUCUGGCUAGGCACGGCGCCUUGAGAUCCACUCUGGCUAGACACGAUGCCUUGAGAAGAACUAUGGCUAGGUACAGCGCCUAGAGAUAAUUUCUGGCAAGGUAAAGCGCUUUGAGAUCUCCUAAGGCUAGAGACGCCUUGAGAUCCUUUCUGUCAAGUAACCGAGCCCUUGAAAUCUUCAAUGCCAAGUAGCUGAUCCUAGAGGUCGAGGUUGUUAAGGAUCAGCGCCUUGAGAACAUAUUCUUCAAGUAGCCGCUCCUAGAGAACCACUCCAUCAAGGAGUCACACCUUGAGAAGCACUAUGACAAGGAACCGAGCCUUGAAAUCUUCUAUGCCAAGUAGCUACCCCUAGAAAUCCAGGUUGCUAAGGAUCAGCGCCUACAGAACAUAGUUCUCAAGUAGCCUCCCCUAGAAAACCACUCUGUCAAGGAGUCGCCCCUACAGAUUCACUCUGUCAAGGAGCCACACCUUGAGAAGCACUAUGGCUAGGCCCCGCACCUUGAGAUCGACUCUGACAAGGAACCGACCCUUAAGAGCUUCCUUAAGAUGUCGAGUAGCCAAGCCUAUGUGAAAUUUCCAAAUUUCGUACACCAUUUGGUGUUCCCCUCAUUUUUUUCUAUCACAACAAUUUUUGAGAGGGAGAAGAAGAAGAAGUAGAUUUUUGAUAUUAUCCUGUGCUUUUUCCUAUCCACCCAGAAAUAUUACACAUUUUGAUGUCCUUCUUCCGCCCCCUAAAUAUCUCUGAUCUCUAAUCUCUCUCAUGUCCGACACACUAUUUCACCCCCAGAAAUGAGCCAGCUUCUGGAGGAACCCGGCCGGGAGCUCUUUAGAGAGGGAAGCAAAAGAAUUGAGAGAAGACAACUAGACACAAAGAGUUAUUAUUAUUGUUGUUUUGAACUUUUUUCGUCUCCACUUUUUUUUUGUUUUCUAGAUAGAACAACGAAAUGAAACUAUUGAUUUUGAUCAAUUUUUUCGUUUGGUUGCUGAAAAUUUUUCAUUUUUUUUCUUCUUGACAUUUUUCUAGAAGGUUUUAUUUUUUUCUGUGUAUCAGAUAGUCGAGCCUAGAAAUCCUAGUUGUCAAGUAGCUGCGCCUAGAGAACAAUUUUGGCUAGGAGCAGCGCCUAGAGAGCCAGUUGGGCUAGGAGCAGCGCCUUGGAAAAUUCAAUGCCAAGUAGCCAACCCUACUAAUUCUAGUUUUCAAGCAGCCGCGCCUAUAGAACUUAAUUGUCAAGGAUCAGCGUCUAGAGAGACAGUCUGCUUAGGAGCAGCUCCUUGAGAGCUAAGUAGGAAAUCCUACUUCUCAAGUAGCUGAGCCUAGAGAGCACAAUAGUCAAGGUGUAGCGCCUAGAGAACUAUUCUGGCUAGGAGCAGUGCCUCGGGAGCUUCAUGGGCAAGUAGUCAACCCUAGAAAGCCUAGUUCUUAAGUAGCCGAGCCUAGAAACUUCAAUUUUCAAGGAUCAGCGCCUAGAGAACAAUUUUGGCUAGGAGCAGCGCCUCGAGAGCGCCUAUGUCAAGUAGCCAACCCUAGAAAUUCUAGCUCUCAAGUAGCCGCGUCUAUAGAACCUAACUGUCAAGGAUCAGCGUCUAGAGAACCAUUCUGGCUAGAAGCAGCGCCUUGAGAGUUCCCAUUUCAAGUAACCGCUUCUAGAGAUCCUAGUUGUCAAGUAGCCGCACCUUGAAAAUUCAAUUGUCAAGGAUCGGUGCCUAGAGGGCUAGGUUGGAAAGGAGCCGCGCCUUGAGAACUUCUAUGGCAAGAAGCCAAAGUUUUCAAGGAUUAGCGCCUAGAGAGCCUAGUUCUCAAGAAUUUUUGCUCAAAAUUAGAAUUUUUUAGCCAAAAAUUUCAUUUUUUUUUCCAGACGACUCAAUAAAUCGAUCGAAAUUAGAAGUUGAAUAUAGUGAAAUUCGCAAAAAGCCGUCGAUCAAAAAAUUGUCAUCUGAAGAAGAAGACGAAGAAGAAAUGCCAGUCCCGCCACCAGUUCCACCAAAACCAUCAACACCCUUAUUAAAUGGGCGAAAUGGUGAAGAGUUUGGUGGAGAAAUGCCCGAAAGACGUGGCAUUUUGCCAGCGCAACUUCGCGAGAAAAUCAAUCAGAAAAAGGAGUUGGAAGGACGUGCGACACCGAGUAUUGAACCGGAUUUGGUUGGAAGAGAUAGGUUGGUGUUGAUUCUCAGGAAUUUUUUUUUGAAAUUUUCACUAAUUUUUUACGGUUUCAAAUGUUUAUUCAAAAGUUUGAAAUUAAUUGCAAAUUCCAACAACAAAAAUUUUUUUUUAAAUUGAUUAAAAAAAUAUUUUGAAUUUUCGAUUUUUUUUGACAUUUUUCCCGAAAAUUCUAGAAAAACCCCAAAAAAUUUACGUUUCAGAAUUUUAUUAUAAUGAGCUGAAAAUCAGGUUUUAUUAAUUUUUGUCUAAUUUUCCUAGAAAUUUUGGAGCUUUUAGGUGAGUUUUUUGAUUGAAAAAUAACCCCGAAAAAUUUACGUUUCAGAAUUUUCUUAUAAAAAUAUUGAGUCUUGGUCAAGUUAGUACAUUCAUUUUUCACGAGAAAAUUUCUUGGGAAGAAGAAAAUUCCAACAAAAAUAUUUAGAGCUGAAAAUCAAAUUUCAGUUAUUUUUUGAAAAUGUGGAAUUUUUCUAAUAUCUUUAGAGGUUUAAACAAAAAUUCACUGUUUCAGAAUUUUCUUUUUUGAGCCUGGAAAAUUACAGCUGAAAAUCUGAAUUAAUUUAUUUAUUCAAAAAAAUCUGAAAUUUUCAUACAUUUUUGACUAAUUUUUUAACCCGAAAAAUUUACGUUUCAAAAUUUUUAUAUUUUUUUGAUUGAUUUUUGAGAAAUACUCUCCUAUUAUACCCAAAACGUUGAUAAAAAUCUGAAAUGUUUCCAGAUAUGACAAAGCGUCUCGAUGUUUCUCAUAUGUGCCAGCAAAAUCAAUGCAAGAAGCAUUCGAAAGACCCCGCAGAACAUCAAUUUCCAGAACAAUUGAAAAACGCGAGAAUAGCGUUGAAAAUGUAUCGCAAGAUGAAGCAGCUCGUGCACAUAUUCCACAAAGUUUUACACCAAUUCACCCGGAACAACCACCAAAAUGGGAUCAACAAAUUGAACAACAACAAUUGUUGGAGGAAUUAGCGAGAGCUCCGUCGUCGAUUGGACAACCUGUUUAUAAUAAUGGUGGAGAUAAUCAUAGAUAUUAUCAACAGGAAAAUUAUUUUGAACCGGCACAAGUAUUUGAUCAAGCACAAAGAGCUGUUGUGACACCGACUUCUACACUUCAAAGAAAUGGAAAUGAUCGACGAUAUGGAAGUUAUCGAACACUUAAUGAUGAUGCUUAUUGGUAAGAUUUUCUAGGAGAUCUGGAUAGACUAUAGUUUAGGCACAAAAAUUGAAAAAAAAUUAUUUGAGAAAAAUUCAUUGAAAAACUAGCCUAGACUAUAAUUAAAGAUUUUUUUGAUUGAAAUUAUUAUUUUGAAUUUCAAAGAACCUUUUUUCUAUGAAAAGUACGAUUUUUGAGCAACAAUUUGAACUAGACUAGACUAUAGUUAGAGCUCAAAAAGAAUUUUGUGAAUCCGGAAAAUUUUACGGAUUUCGAAUUUUAUCAGAAAAAUGUGUUCCCUUCAAGAUUUCUGGAACUUCCUAGACUAGACUAUAGCUUGGGAUUUCGAAAUUACAUAAAAUUAGAUUUUCAAGUUUUAGCUGAAAAUGUGUGUAUUAAAAAUAAACGGUUUCAGACUAGACUUUAGUUACAGCUCAAAAAAUCCUGAGUUCAAACUUGGGAUUUCAAAUUUUACAGAAAAGUAGUUUUCCAGGUUUCUGAAACUUUUCCUCGAAGUAAUACGAUUUUUGAGCAAAAAUUUGAGUAAACUAGACUAUAGUUUCAGCUGUAAAAAUUCUGGAUUUAACAUUAGAUUCUCAAAUUUCAGCUGAAAAUAUGUUUUCCAGGUUUCUGGACCUUUCUAUAAAAAUACGAUAGCAGACUAGACUAUAGUUUCAGCUCAAAAAAUCCUGAGUUCGAACUUGGGAUUUCAAAAUUUUUCAGAAAAAGUAGUUUUCCAGGUUUCUGAAAUUUUUCCCCCAAAUAUACGAUUUUUGAGCAAAAAAUUUGACUAGACUAGACUAUAGUUUCAAAAUUUCCCCAAAGCCUCAUUUUUUACAGUAGCGAUAUGGAUGAUUUAUGUGAUCCCGAUUAUUAUUUGAAUUUUUCGGCGCCACCAGUUCCUCCGCCGAGACAACAACAUGCUGGAGCAAGAAGUGUGCAAUUGCCGCGCAAAAAAUUGAAUCCGGAAAAUUUUACGUGAGUUUCGGCGCGUUGCUCCGCGCCCCUAAAUAUCAGUUUUCAGCGAUCAAUUAGAUGAUAUUCUACUCGAACACUCGAAACCUUUGUCAAAUGCAUAUUCAGUUGGAGAUGUUCGAGCCACAACUGAAAAUGGAUCAAUCAAUAAUCAUUAUCCACAACAACAAUAUCGAAAUCGAAAUUGUCAAUCGGUGACAAAUCAACCAAGAACACCACUAGAACCUGUCACUGAUUCAGCUGAUUCGUGGUUGAAUGGAAAAUUGAGAAAAGUGAAGAGUAAACGAGAUAUUGAUCCGGAUUUGGCGAGAAGAAGAACACAGGAACAAAUGCUUUUGGAAGAAUUGAAAGAUGGAAAUAGUUCGAAGCCUAGAAAUGGAAUGAAUAUUGAUCCGUUGGCUGAAUUUAGAAGAGAAGAGGAGCGAUUGAAGAAUACGAGAAGUCCGUUUGAUGAGAGAAGUGGGUGGAGAGGUAGAAUGAGAGGGAAGCCGCCGACGCCGCCACCGAGGGAAGCUAGUGCAAGUCCGAUUAAUCAUCGAAUGACACCCAAUUUUGAACAGGUUGGUUUUGGGAGGGACUAGACUAUAGUUUAUACCUCUUCUCCUGAAAUUGUCUAAAAAUCCGGCAAAUUUGUCAUUUUUCAAAAAAUUUGCUCUGAAAAUAAAAAAAAAAGCUCGAGGAAAAAUUUCCGCCUUGGAAUUUCAGAUUGUAAAUGUGCUAGACUAUAGUUUGGGAUUUUGAAAUUAAAAUUACAUAGAUUUUUAAAUUUUAGUUGACAAUAAAAAAUGUGUUUUUCCGUGUUUUUUUUAAAUCAAGAACUAGACUAGACUAUAGUUUCAGAUCGAAAAUCUUGACAAUUGUAAGGACCUUUUUCUAAUGAAAAUACAAUUUUUGGACAAAACAUUGACUAGACUAGAAUAUAGUUUCAGCUCUAAAAAAUCCUGUUGUUUCAUAAUAAAAAAAAGUUCACUGAAUUUCAUAAGAACCUGAAGUGCUUGGCCUAAAAUUCCGAAGAUUUUUCGAACAAAAAAUAAUUUGGAACCAAAAAUGUGUUACAAAAUUUGAAACUUUGAAAACUGAAAACUUAUUUGGCGUCAAAAGCUCUGAAUUUUAAAUUUUGACUUAUAAAUCUAUUUGUAAAAGUUAAAAUGUUUUCAGUUUUUCAAAAACAAAUUUUCAUAGAAUUUUUUCUAAAAAUUAAUCCCCAAUCUCCUUGUCUCAAAUGACGUCACCAAAAGUACAUAACACCUUUAGGACACUUGUUGUCCAGCUGCACAUUACUUUUUUUCUCCAAAAAAAAUCCUUAAAUUUUCAACCCACUUGAAACGUGAGAAAAACAGAUUUUCAAACAAAAAUUUUCAAUUAUUUUCUCUCUCGAAACAUUCUGUGCCAAGUCCAAAUUGUUGUUGUUUAUGGUUUCCAAAACCCAUAUAAAAACAGCGUUUUUUCGAAAAUUGAAUCUCAUUUUUUUCUCGCAGAAUCGUCAAAGAUUCAACCAAUCAGUGCCACUUCCAAUGCAAAAUCGACACCAAAACAAUUUCGACGACGAUUUCGAUGUCAACUCAUUGUUGAAUUAUUCUGUAUGUUUUUCCACACGUUCUCCAGAAUAUUCUAUUGUUUUUUUCCUCCAGCACAACGAUAAUUCUUCAACUAUGGAUCGUGGUCGUAGUUUAUCGCGAGGUGCACGAAUUCAAGACGCUUAUUAUGCUUCACAACACGAUAUUCCAAACAAUAAAUUCUAUUCCGGACAGGAGCGCGUUGCCGCCGCAAUUUACCGCGCGGAAACGCCGCACCGUGAUAUGUAUGCGAGUGGUAUGACGAUUAAUCGAGCUGAAACACCGGGAAGAUAUUUUCCAGAAAAUGUAAGAAAAAAAAAAAAAAAAUUCUAGCCACCUAGGGGACUCGAACCCCUGACCUUAAGAUUAAAAGUCUCACGCUCUACCAACUGAGCUAAGGAGGCCACAUUAUUUGCUGUCUUUUUUUUGCAGAAAAAGAGAGAGAGAGGUGUUGCGUUUUCACAGAUGUUUCUUAUAAAAAUAAAAAGGUCAUUCAAAAAUUCCUCGUUUCGAGACCAAAAUGCUGGAUUUCGAAACGAUAGAUCAAAUUUUCUCUCUCGAUUCCCCCCUGUAAAAUGCCGUGAUUCAUCACGUGAAUUGUUUCAGAGCGCAGUAUUGGAAAGAUCAGCCACACCCUCAUUUCCAGUCAACAAUCGAUCAACUCCCCUCCCAUUCCACCCGCUAUUAUUCAAUCAACAAAAUAAUACAAUGAAUCAUAGGUAAGAAUUUUUUAUGAAUUUUUUUCUGGAAAAUUGUACGAAAAAAUAUGUUUUUUUUUUCGCAAGAAAAAGAAACAUGCAUGACAAAUGUUUCGAUUAGUUUAUUAUUUAUAAAAUUUUUCGGGCCCUUUUUAAUUUUGUUUGGUUUUUUGCAGAUCAGCUUCACCGCGACAUUUUCAACAACAAAAUUCGACAAUGAUUCGACGAAAUUCGUCAAGUUCUGCUGUUGGUAAGUUUUCUUUUUUUUCCUACCCAAAAGAGGUAUAAAAUCCUGAACACAAACAAAAGGAACUUUUCUUUCUUUUUGAGGUAAAUAAUAAAUAAUACAAAUAUUUGUUGUUAUUCACUUUUGGUGUGAUUUUCACAUGGUUUUUGGAAGAAAGUUGACAUUUUGAUUGAUGUUUUUGAAAAAAAAAACAAUUGGGAUAAACAAGUUUUUUUUGGAGGGAAUAAAAGUUUUCAAAAAAAAAAUGAAAUAAAAUUAGUUCACGGGCUGUUAGUUUUGAAGUUUACAUUAGAUUUUGGAGAAGAAAGGAUACUUCAAGUUUUAACUUUUUAAGUUGAACUUUAA